GCACUAUUUGUGAACCACAUCAGAAGAAUCCAAAUCCCGAAAACCGACUUAUAUCUAGAUAGGUAUCUUUCGAGAUGAAUGAGCAUAUGGAGAUAGAUACCCCGAAGAAAAUCAUCGCCGACAAUAUCCAACUAUGGUAUAACAGAGGCCAAAAGUUUUUCACCAAGGAUGGCCUUCGCCUACUCGCCAAGCAGCUAGACAAGCACAAAGAACAAGUGCUGACCGGCAGUGUACUUCACCAAACCACCAUAAGAGGAGACAAUAUACAGACCAUCUUGGACAUAGACGAGGGCAUUUGGAAGGAUUUGCGAUGCCGCCAUGGUGAAAGACGGGAUGGCUUAUCCAUCUACUACCGGCCGCUGCACAUGAUGCUCAGCCAGCGCGACAUGAAGUUCUUCGACUUACAGAAGGCCUACCUGUCGACCGUAAUCAUGCGUCCACACUCCCACCACCACCACCCCCACCACAAACCAGCCCUCCUCCCUCCCAACUUCUCCCCCACAGAACUAACCCACCUCUUCACCUCAACACAGCAAAGAUGGGAGACAAGCGAGCAGCACGGCUACCUCAAAAAGCUACUAACCCUGCACCGCCGGCGCCUCGCCUCCGUCACCAAGAUCGUGGCUUUUGCCUGCGGGCCGCUGGCCGAGGGCGACGAGGCCUCGCUGACGCAGCACGCGCUAGUGCUUAGCUUACAGCGAAUCAUUGGCGCGAUUAAGGAGGAAGGGGUUGAGUCUGAGUCUGAGUCCGAUGAUGCGGAGGAGGAAGAAACCAUGGGGUUGACGCAGGUGCUCGGCGAGUUUUGGCGUGUGCUGCGGGGGGAGGAAAGGGAGAAGGGGAAGGGGAAGGGGAAGGGGAAGGAGAGGGAGGAGGUGAAGAACGAGGAGGAGGUUCGCUGCUUCGCGCAGGACCCAGCCUACCGGCCACUCGACCAGGAGGUUCUCGACGGCGCCGGCAUCACAGUGCUCGAGGACCCGCGCGCGUUCCUCGAGGUCGACGACAACGCCUUCGUCGUCUCCAUCUCGCCGAACGCCCCCGUGCAGCAGAUCGUCGCGGACCUCGCGAGCCCGGCCGCCAUCAUCCAGCUCAGGACGGGGGCGGGCGCCGACCCGGUGUCCCCGCGCGUCGAGGAGAUGCUGAGCGGCUACAUGAGGUUGGAGCUUAUUUACCAUAAGGGGCUGGGGGAUGUGCUGUUGUAUAUCAGGAGGGAGAAGCCGAGGAGAGAGGGGACUAAGUAGGUAACCCGCUCCGCUGAGGAAGUUUAGGCUAUUAGGUACCUAGUGUUUGGAAGGUUGUUUGUGUA